CAAAUCAUGCUGCACAUGAGUGCGUACGUGUGCGCAAUCAACGUGUUUGAGAAACAGUUCAUGACCAUUUAUAAAGAUUAAGCAUAUGUAACGUUAUAUAUUAAUAUUUCACACAGACAUGCUCGCUGAGUGAAACACAGACAGGAAGUGAGUUAACGACAGCGUGACGUCAUGCAGAAGAGUAAUAAGAGCAGAGAUGCUGGGCAGGCUGGAGACUAUACAGUCGGUCAGGUGUCUGGCACUCUCUUCCCAGAGAAACCCCAAACUGGAGCUUUAUCGUCUUUAUUCUCCACAUCAUCAUCAUCAUCAGGCAGCACUUUAAUCUUCGUUCCUGCACCCAAAACGGACCCUCAAGCCACACCGGCAACAUCCGAAACCACAGUCAAAUCUGACCAUCAGAUAUCCAAAAAGAAAAAGCUUUCAAAGCUGAUAUCGGCAGGAGAAAAGAAGCUACAGGACAGAGAAUGCGCUUUACAGAACGCUGAUGAUGAAGGUCAGAAGAUUAAGAAGGUGAAGCGCAAGCGUGUGGAGGCAGAUGAAGUGGAAACAGAGCGACCGAUUAAACGCAAAAAGAAGAAUAUGGCAGAAGAGAGAAUCAAACUGAAAAGGACUGUGUUUGUGGGGAAUCUGCCUCCCAGCUGCUCGAAGAAGGAUCUUUUGUGUCUGUUCAGUGAGGCGGGAGCAGUGGAAACCAUCCGCUUCCGUUCAGUGUUUCGGGAGGACCCCACAAUGUCUCGCAAACUGGCGGCCAUCCAGAGGAAAGUUCAUCCCAAGAAACAGAACAUCAAUGCUUAUGUGGUGUUCAGAGAGGAAGAGGCAGUGGCCGGCGCUCUCAAAUGGAAUGGAUGGCAAAUUCAGAAGGGUUUUCAUAUUCGAGUGGAUCGUGUCUCUCAACAUCAAGCUCAUGAUCACAAACGGUCCAUAUUUGUGGGCAAUUUACCAUACGAUAUAAUGGAGCUUCCGUUACGGCAGUACUUUGAGGAGUGUGGAGAGGUGCAGGCCGUGCGUUUGGUGCGGGACAAAGACUCUGGCAUUGGGAAGGGCUUCGGCUACAUUCUGUUUGAGAGUCCAGAUUCUGUGAUGUUAGCGCUCAAACUCGACGGCUCCACAUUACUGGAUCGAAAGAUACGAGUCAAGCGAUCGGUGAAGAAGGAAAAAGUGCAGAAAGUUGCUCCAGGACGACCUUCAGGAAGAAAACCUGCAACAGGAAGAGGAAAUAGACCCAGCGCAGGUGGAUUUAAAGGGUUCAAGCAGAAGGGUCAAGAUCAUCCAGGAGGGAGAAACGUUCAAACAAAAGCUUCAUUCAAAGGAGAGAUGACAGAUCCUGCUGCCAAAAAGAACAAAGGACAGAAAAAGAAAUUUAAAUCAAAUAAGAAGAAAAAUGUCUCAUACAUUUAAUGUGCUUUGUUUGUUUACAGGUUUUACAUUCUUAUGUCACAAAACUACCAAUAAACAAGUUUGUGAAUG